AUGAGAACACAUACCGGCGAUAAACCCCAUGACUGUGAUGUAUGUGGUAAAGGGUUAAGUCACAUUCAUUCUUUACAGAUACAUAUGAGAACACACACAGGAGAUAAACCUAAUGACUGUGAUGUAUGUGGCAAAGGGUUUAGUCAGCGUGGCCAUUUACAAAAUCACAUGAGAACACAUACAGGGGAGAAACCUCAUAAAUGCGAUGGAUGUGGUAAAGGGUUUAUUCAGCGUUGCUACCUUAAGAGACACAUGAGAACACAUAAUGGAGAUAAAUCUUAUAAAUGGUUUAGUCAGAAUGGUAGCUUACAGAGACACACGAGAACGCACACAGCCGAUACCCCUUAUGACUGUAAUGUAUGUUGUAAAGGGUUUAGCCGGCUUGAUUAUUUACAGAUACAUAUGAGGACACAUACAGGUGAUACACCUAAUGACUUUCAUUGA